AUGCAGGCCGAGGUUUCGGAACCGCAACCAAAGCCGUCGGUCGAGGGCGCCGGUUUUGAUCGCCAGCCAGACAGCUCGGUCAACACGAGAUUCCAGGCCUACAAGGGCGGCCACAACUUCGGCUUGUCGCAGGCGACCACCGAGUGCUACACGGACAUCGCGGACGAGAGACGCGAACCGAGAAGGCGCUACAUGGUCGACUUCAAUGAGAGCGAGGGCGAGUCGGCUUUCUUGGUUGUGAGAUCAACAAGGGGCGUCUGGUUCGACAACCCCCACGUGUUCCAUCGGAGCCUCGCAAAGGUGCCAAUCAGCUUUUGUUUCGCGCCUGAGAAGGGGGGCCAGGUUCAGACCGAGCUCGGGUCAACGGCUUCCGUCAAGGCCGGCAUCAUGUCGCUGCCGCCUUCGCUCCUCGGAGCUGAGGCGUGCGGCGUCAACAACGACGUCGUUGUGAAGGAGGAGGCCGCCACUCAGGAGGCCGCCUCCGAGGAGGCCGUCGAGGCCGUCGCCGAGGAGGCUGCCAAGGAGGUUGAGAAGCCGGCCAAGACCGUUUCCAACACGCCUGACCCAGCGGACACCACCUGCCACCCGGGCCUGCCCACGCCGAAGGAGGUGGGGCAGAGCGGGCCCGCGUCGGCCCGCAGCGGCUCCGGACCGGGCUACGUGGACGGCGUCGAGGCCGAAGUCCGCCGGCUGGGCGAGAGCGUCGUCUACCAGGCUACGCCCGCCGACGGCAAGAAGUCGCCGUCGCCGGGAGUCCCCACCUCCUUCGGCGUGGCGCCCAAGCCCCUUGGCGCGGUCGCGGGCGCGGGGCAGGCCGACGCCGCGUCACGCGAGUACUAUCUCGCCGUGCGCGACAAGGCGAUGGCCGCGAUCUUGCUCACCAAGAUGCAGCGGGCGAAGCUGGACGCCGAGCGGUCGGGGUGCGGGUGCAAGUGCCGGCGCAAGGCCAUGCGCUGCCGCAACAACCCCACGUUUGGCAAGGGCAGGCGCAAGUCUGGCAAGGCAGGGGGCAGGCGCAAGUCUGGCAAGGCAAAGGGCCGCGGCCGCGGCUCGCACCGGCGACCGAAGCCGCGCGGCGGGCCGCAGACGCCGCCUUGCAAGUCGCCGGACCGGCGCCGCGAGCCGCAGACCACGUCCGGCAAGGCGCCAUUCGCCGCUGGCACGUGCGGCGCCGGCGCUGGCACAUGCGGCGCCGGCGGUCGCGCCGGCCUCAAGGCGGCGGCCGACUGCGUGCGGGGCGGCUACACGAAGGCCGAGGGCGCCUUCCGGUGGCUGCUCCUCGUCUGCAUACCCGCCUUCGGCCACUGCGCGCCCGCCGUGCCUAGCCCGACGGAGGUGGCCUCGGCCUUCUCGUCUGCCGUCGCCUCGGCAGCCUCCGUCGCCUCGUCGGCGUCCUCUACCUUCUCAUCCGGCGUCGCCUCGGCGGCGUCCUCGGCCUUCUCGCCCGCCGUCGCCUCGAAGGCGUCCUCGCUCGUGAGCUGCUCGCCGCUUCUCGUGCCCGCCCUCGUGCUCAUCCUCCUCGCCAUCGCCUGCGGCGCCUCCUGGCCGACCGCGGCGAGCGGAAAGGGGGCUCGCGGCGCGGUGUGGGCCACCUGCCUCGCUGCCGCCACGGCGUGCCUCACCAGCGCGGCGGCGGCGCCUGCCGGCUUCUUCGCGAGCGCCUUCUCGUGGCUCGCGGCGGGUCCGCCGAAGGUCGCCGCCGCGGUCGCCGCCGGCACGGCGAUGUGGCGCCGCAACUCAAAGGCCCGCCGUUUCGGCUGGUCCAGCCUGCUCAGCGUCCUUCUCUGCUUGGCCACCGUCGCUGGCAGUUCGGUCACCGUCACUGGCGGCGCCGCGCUUGUCGCAUCCUCAACCGCGCUGCCAGACGUCACCGCGCUUCCGGCGAGCCCCGUAGCAAUUGGCGCAUUAGCAAUUGGCGAGAACGCGCGCGACAUCACCAUCGGCGACGUCUCCAAUCUUUUUUGGGGGGAGGCAGUCGCGUAUGUCGCCGUCAACUCCGUCGCAAUCGGGAAAAACGCCACCGGCAUCUCCAUCGGCGAUAACACCCAAAUUACCUUUGGCAACAGCUCUGGCCCCGCAACAAUUGGCGCAUUAGCAAUUGGCGAGCACGCGAGCGACAUCACCAUCGGCGACAACUCCAAUCUUGUUUUGGGGGAGGCAGUCGCGUAUGUCGCCGUGAAGGCGAUCUCAAUCUUUGGCCACACAAGGAACGUCCAAAUCGGCAAACAUGUGCGCAUUUCCGUGGGUGAUAAAUCUGCUGCGCUAGUCAUUGGUGCUGGGGUAGUUGGCUGGGGCUCGAGCUUUAUCACCACUGGCGGCAGCUCCGAUGUCACCGUGGGUGAAGCAGCUACCUCUAUCAGCAUUGACGUCGUAGCCAUUGGCUCGCGCGCGAGCUACAUCACCAUCGGCGACAGCUCCGAUGUCACCUUGGGCGAUAAAUCUCGUGGGCUAGGCAUUGGUGCAGUGGGAGUUGGCUGGGGCUCGAGCUUUAUCACCACUGGCGGCAGCUCCGAUGUCACCUUGGGUGAAGCAGCUACCUUUAUCACCAUUAACGCCGUAGCGAUUGGAUUUCACGCGAGCUAUAUCAUCACCCCACGCACUACGCGCAUCACCAUUGGCGAUCAGGCUAUCAGUGUGGUUAUUGGCACCUUCGGAAUUGACAGUUACACGAGCCACAUCACCAUGGGCAAGGUGUCGGAUAUCACAAUCGGGCACGCCGUGAAUGCCGUUUCCAUUUGUGCCGGCGCUAUCGGAAGCCACUCGAAGAACAUCACAGUAGGCGACAUCACUCACCUUACCUUUGGCAACAGCUUGGGCCCGCCGCCGUCCUCCCCACCCCCCCCCUGGUCCCCACCACCGUCGUCACCGCAUGACAUUGCUAACCUCACCAACUGGGGCGACGCAUUGAAUCCUUGCAAGGACAGUGACCCCUUGCAGAAGUUCACAUUUCCAACUUUCGGCUCUUUGGGAACUACAGGUGCUGGCAGUUUUGGAACUUUCGGACUGGGGUACGGGAACGUCGACAUAUCCAUCGGAGGACUGACCAACAUUACAGUCGGCGAUGGUGCCAAGAACAUCGCCAUUGGUAAUGUUGUGGUGUUCAACAUGAACGAGAAUAUUACCAUUGGCAAGAGUGCCAACAUUGCGAUAGGCGAAAACGCUGAAGGCAUUGUAUUCAAUGCCCUUAAAAUUGGCAACAACAACCGCAACGUCUUCCUUGGCGACAAUCCUUUAUACAUUGAUAUUGGCAGCAACUGCAACGACGUCACCUUCGGUGGCUUUGGCAACAUUAUGAUAGGUAGAAAUACUAGGUAUUUCGGCGGCAGCAUUUCCGUGGGCGACGGUGCCACCAACGUCACCAUUGGCAAAAGCGGGGACCUCGCUGUUGGCGACAAUGUCUACAAAAUACCUCAUACCUACGGUGGGAUCGGCCAGAAUGCCGCAAACAUCGCCAUUGGUGGCUACGACCAAAUCACAAUUGCUGACUACACUGAACCUCAACCUGGGACUUUGGGCAUCAUAGUCGGCGGGUUUUACAUCGGGGAUGACGCCAAAGAUGUCACAAUUGGCGGUUACUCCGCCGUCUUUGUUGGGUGCCUCACUUGGAAUGCGUCGAACUGCGUGGAAUUCGUCAACAAGCAAUUGACGACGUUCAUUGGUAGCAAAGCAUCAUCAGUUUCUAUCGGUCGGAACGCCGAGCAAGUUACGAUUGGCCAUGUUGCCACUGACAUUGUCAUCGGCCACGAAGCUUCGAACGUCUACCUCGGCAACAAUAUUUUCAACGUCUCACUCGGCAAUAAUGUUUCCAACAUUGUUAUCUGUGACAACGCCACAGACAUUGUCCUCGGCGACAACACGGCCAAUAUGGUCCUCGGCGACAGUGGGAUGUUUCGUGGGUUCAACAUUAGCCUGUCCAUCGCCCACUGUCAAACACAUCAGACAGGCAUCGACCUCAUCAGAUGCACCCUCGGCUUCGACGUCGUCUCCUCCUUCUCGCUGGCCGACCCGUCCGCCAAGGCGGCCUUCCUCUCGCUCGCCACCGCGACGGCGACGGUCACGCUCACCCCGACGCACAAGCUGCCCGCCGGCCCGGCAAAGGCGCUCAAGCAGGCGUCCGAGGUUGCCGUCGGAGAGACGGUCUGGCUCGCGUCGCCGGCCGCGGGCACGCUCAUAACCAAGGUCGUAGCCGACGGGCUGCACAGCCCGCUCACUAUGCACGGCGGCUGGCCAAUCGUCGACGGUGUCGCGACCUCGUACAACAGCGCGGCUGUCGUCGCGCGCAACAAGUACCUCGUCCCGCUCGUCGAGGCGGCUUGCCCCUCCCUCGGCCGCCUCGUCGUGGCGGCCGUGAACCCCAAGCCGAUGCACUACAUCGAUGGCGAGGUGGUGGAGCCAAUCGCAUCGCUCGAGGUCGCCGCUGCCGUGGCCGUCACGGUCAUCGCGCGGGACCCCAAGGCAAAGUGCGCCAACGGCUCUGGCUGCAAAUACAUCCACGACGGCACCGGCGCCACGCCAACGCCAAUGCCCGCCGACCCUCUCGCGGACCGCAUCGCCGCCGCUAAGGCGGCGAUCGCGCCGGGCACGCCGCCGUCGCUCGGCAAGCGCGCCAAGCCGCCGACCCCCGACUCAAGCGACGACCUCUAA